AUGACAGAUUCACCAAGAACUAGUAUAGGUUAUGAUGAUACCUACUCACAGGUCAUAUCACAAAACGUAUAUUAUGAAGAUGUAACUUACAAUCAAACACCACAAGCGUCAGAUGCGAUACCGAUACCAAGCCCUGUUCAAGAAUCACCAGAGAAAUUAUUUGAUACUGAAAUAAAAAUAAAUCCGAAUAUGAAAUUUCCAACACAUAUAAUUUAUAAUGAGGUUCAUAACUCCCCCAAUUCCUCAUUUGAAGCUUUGCCUUUUCCUCCCAAUCAUUAUAGUCCAUCUGCUUCAUAUGUUGGCGCUAUAAUCAUGACUCUUGUAUUCACUUUAUCGAUCAUUUUUCUUGUAAUAGAAUUUUUAUUUCUUUUUCUCACAUAUAGACAACCAUUUAUUAAGAAAAGCCACAUUAUUGUAUCUCUAUUGAUAUUUUUCAUUUAUCUUGCUUUUGCAUUAGCAUUUAAUAUUAUUGCUGGUCUGGGUAUAUUAUAUACAGAGAUAUAUUCCGCUAUGGUUACUUUAUUAUGGAUUAUACCUCUUCUCUCAUUAUUAGAAUUCUUUGCUGGUUAUUCAGAAUGGCCUAUAAUUGGAGAGAUUACAAUUAGUG